AUGAAGUGGAGCACUGCCUCGAAAUUUCUCCUUCAGCUUCUAGUCUGUACUGCCCACAGCGCUAAGUCAGUUCCCUCAGACGACGUGUCAGUGCAGGUUGGGUACCAUGUGGUCUUCUCGUAUCCAGGUCUCCAGCCUCCGACUCAUCUCUUUGACCUGAUCAAAGAAGGCAAAGUGGGAGGUAUCAUCCUCUUCGGAGAAAAUGUCGGCAGCAAUCUCUCGACAAUCGUGGACCAAUUCCAAAGCACGUAUAAAGAAAGCCCCUCGUAUGCCGGCACUCCUCUUCUGAUCAUGACCGACCAAGAAGGGGGGAAGUCCGUCGCUUGCCCGGCGGACCUGAUAUUUGGGCAAUCGUCCGAUCCUCAGGACGCAGCAACGCAGGCCGGCAAUGAUGCCGCUAGCGCUCUUCAAGCGGACCAUCUCAACACCAACCUGGCUCCCGUUUUGGAUGUAUAUCGUCAGGCAGGAGAUUUCGACGACCAAUAUGGACGAUCGUUCGGCAACACAUCCAGCUUGGUGUCAACCUGUGGGACUGCGUUCGUAAGCGCUCAGCAGUCAGCCGGUGUCAUUGCCACUGCUAAGCAUUUCCCUGGUCUUGGGACUGCUAGCACCAACCAAGACACCGAUGAGGAGCCGGUCACCCUCAACGUGACGCUCAAUGAGCUUCGUUCUGUAGACGAGGUGCCGUUCACCAAGGCCAUUGCGGCAGGCCUGGACAUGGUCAUGCACUCCUGGGCUUUAUAUCCAGCUUUGGAUUCUCAAUAUCCCUCCGGGCUCAGCCAGAAAUGGGUUCAGGGUGAGCUGCGAGGCAGGCUGGGCUUCAUGGGUGUGACAAUUACCGACGCCAUUGAGGCUGGUGCGCUUGAGGCGUUUGGCACUGACGCAGAACGGGCAGUUCUGGCCAGUCAGGCUGGGAUGGACAUGAUCCUCGCCUCGGCAAGGAAUGUCACGCAGGGGGAGAGUGUAGUUGAUGCGCUCGUCAGUGCAUUGAAUGAUGGGACUCUGUCUGGAGAUUCUUUCAACGAGGCGACCGAUCGAAUCCUGGCUGUCCGGAAGAAGGUCACUGCGUGA